CGGCGCGUCCCGGGACCGGCCGCUGAUGGCGGCGCCGCCGACGCUGUGUGCCCCGGGCGCUCCCGCCGCUGCCUGAGGCGCUCCCGCCGCCCCCGCUCCCGCCGCCAUGACCGAGGAGCCGUACGAGAAGUUCCUGGCCCCCGAGGAGCCGUGCCCGCUGCUCUCGCACCAGCACCCGCCGCGGGGCGGCAGCUUUAGCCUGAGCGAGGAGGGCUGCCUGGACGUCAGCGAUUUCGGCUGCCAGCUGUCCUCCUGCCACCGCACCGACCCUCUGCACCGCUUCCACUCCAACAGGUGGAACUUGACAUCUUGUGGGACGAGUGUGGCCAGCUCAGAGUGCAGUGAAGAGCUGUUCUCAUCCGUGUCAGUGGGGGAUCAGGAUGAUUGUUACUCUCUGCUGGAUGACCAGGAGUUCACCUCUUUUGAUCUGUUCCCCGAGGGCAGUGUCUGCAGUGAUGUCUCCUCUUCUAUCAGCACAUACUGGGAUUGGUCAGACAGCGAGUUUGAGUGGCAGUUGCCUGGCAGUGACAUUACAAGUGGGAGUGAUGUGCUUUCUGAUGUUAUACCGAGUAUUCCAAGCUCUCCCUGUCUGCUUCCCAAAAAGAAAAACAAGCAUAGGAAUCUUGAUGAACUUCCAUGGAGUGCAAUGACAAAUGAUGAGCAGGUUGAAUAUAUUGAAUAUUUGAGUCGCAAAGUCAGUACAGAGAUGGGCCUUCGAGAGCAACUUGAUAUUAUUAAAAUUAUUGAUCCUACUGCUCAGAUCUCACCUACAGAUAGUGAAUUCAUAAUUGAAUUAAACUGUCUCACAGAUGAAAAACUGAAACAGGUGAGAAACUAUAUCAAGGAACAUGGACCUCGCCAGCGGUCUGCAAGGGAGAGCUGGAAGAGGAACAGCUACAGCUGUGCCAGUACCAGUGGUGUGAGUGGUGCCAGUGCCAGCAGCAGCAGUGCCAGCAUGGUCAGCUCAGCAAGCAGCAGUGGCUCCAGUGUUGCCAACUCCGCCUCAAACUCCAGUGCCAACAUGAGUCGAGCACACAGCGACAGCAAUCUAUCCACAAGCGCUGCAGAAAGAAUCCGGGAUUCAAAAAAACGUUCCAAGCAACGGAAACUCCAGCAAAAGGCGUUACGGAAGAGACAGCUGAAAGAACAAAGACAAGCUCGUAAGGAAAGACUGAGUGGAUUAUUCCUUAAUGAAGAAGUGCUGUCUUUAAAAGUGACUGAGGAGGACCAUGAAGGAGAUGUGGAUGUUUUAAUGUGACAGGGGUGAAUUUAUCAGUGUUCUUUCUAAGCCUUAAAUGUAUUAUCUUUAUUGUUUACAUAUAUUUCUUGACCAAAUUUUAAUUAGUGUUAACAAUACAAACCAGAUGUUUUCUCAAGUGUAAUUUUGCUAAGAAGGUCUAAGUAUUGAGUAACUUCAGCUUUUUGAGACUGAUUUUGCAACAAAGAGUUCAGAAACUUAUCUGUCUUCUGAAAGGCUGCUGAAUAGAUAUGAUUUUAAGGAUAUUUGAACUUGGCUAACAUGCUAAUUUACUUGCACGUAAGUCUAGGGGUGCUUUUGGAUGACACAAAGCAUGCAUUACUAUGCUUCAGCAUAUUUAGGUUUUUUUCCAACUUAGAGUUAGUAUUACACUUGGCUUUUUCUGUCUUCCUUUCCCAUUAUUAGGAAGAUUGUUUAGCAUGAGGAAAAAUCUUUUGCUCUGUGGGGCUUUCUUCAGUCUUGCUCUUGAUUUGUACAAAAUCAAAGUACUAUUGAUACUUUUCUAAAAGUUGUGAUUUAACUCAAAUUACACAGAAAACAAGAAGCAGGACAUCUAAUGCAGAGAAUCUGUAAUACAAAUACUGCCUAAUAAUGUAGUUCUUAGGAACCAACUAAAAUUUAAAAAACUCUCAAAAUAAUUGUGGGCUUAGUCUUCAGAAGGUUAUUUUGCUGCUCAGUAUCUUAUGAUUGUUACUAAUGGUUCACCAGUACAUCCCUAGUAUUUCUGUGAAAAGAUUCCAAUAAAAACACAUUUAUGCAUUGAAAAUACACUAAUCUACAAUUAAGUUGUCUAGGACACUACUUAAAAUAGUUAAAAACACUACUGGAAACAGAAGUGCAAACAAGUGGCACACAGCUUGAGUGGUUUUCUUCCCCAGAAGCAUAUUUAAAUAGAUUCAUAUUGUUGACAAAAGAACUUAAUUAAUGCAGCUGUACUUUUUUAAUUGUAUGUUUAGCUGAGGUUGUCUUCUGUGUGGGCCGUUACACCAUGACAUGUAUCAGAAUUCUCCUUUUGUUGUCUAUCAGCUUUUGAAAUUUCUCAUGAUAAGAAAAUUAGGUAAAAUUGUGGCUUUCAGGUACGGAAGUAGUAGUAGUUUCAACCUUUUUCUUAAUUCUGACAGUCUUUAAGAUGAUUUUAGUCUUUAUCUUGGAACUACUUUUAUAGAACUCCUUCCCCACAUGGCUGAGAUAAAAAUGAUAGUUCUAAAUUUUAACAUGAAAUUUAAAACUUUAUAAAAGUAUGUUUGAGUUCUGAGUUUAGGAAAUAUUUUUUUAUUAUGUUGAUGCUUCAUUACUUUAAUUAUGCUCUUGAAUUAAGGAGUUUAGCAUGGCCACAGGUGUCUGUAAUUGUAGGAUACAGCCCAAUCCUGCAGAAUGCAUGUUCAGCUUUAGGACUAUUGAUGUUAAUGUUCUGUGUCCUGCACAGUCUUAUUAGCCCUGACAGCUGAGGUAUUUUUUUUUCAGAAGUGGCAUUCCUUAUAGCCUCAAAAUAAACUGACCAGUAAAUUAUCUGAACAAUGGCCUCUGAAAGGGUUUUGAUAAGAAAUAAAUGAGGUCCAUAGUCAAACUAA